GGAGCAGUAAACAAUCGCGACUUGAGCGCUUCGGUAGCGCGGCGCAAAGAAAUCUGUCCCGGAGCUGAGAUGUCGCCACUUCUGCGCUCUCUGUGCCUCCACUCGGUGCUCCUGGUCCUGUUCCUCUGCGUCCUGCAGGCCGUGGAGCUGCAACUCCACGAGCAGCAGCUGCAGCAGCAAAAGGACGAACAGUUGCGCCUGCGCGAGGAGCAGCGCCAGCGGGAUCUGCUACGGGAGCACGAGGCACUCCAGCGACGCCUCUCGUCCUCGACCACCAGCCGGAAGCCCUACAUUAUACCCAAUGGACUAUCGCUGCCCCGGAGGGGGGAACAUCCGGACAAGUGCUACCGGGAAGUGCCGGCCGUGUUCUUCCAGUACGACAAGGAGGUGAAGAUCGUGGGCAACAGCUCCACCAACCCGUACUUCAACGUGAUCGAGGUGUGCUGCAAGGGCUGGCGGCGGUACGAGUACGAUUGGAGCCAGUGCGUCCCCGACUGCGGGGAGCGGUGCCAGGAGAACGGCUUCUGCUUGGCGGGCGGCAUCUGCCAGUGCUUCCCGGACUUCGUGCUCAACUACCGCAACAACUGUGUGGCCACCUGCCCGCUGGGCUGUCCGCAUGGCCGCUGCUACCUGAACGGCACAUGCCACUGCGAUCCGGGCUAUGAACUGGACGGAUCACGAAAGUUCUGCCAGCCACAGUGCAAUGCCACCUGUGGCCACAACGAAGUCUGCUUGGAGCCGGGCAAGUGCACCUGCGCCGAGGGAUAUGCCCGCGGACUGAGGGAGUCCGCCGCCCUGGGAUGCCAGCCCGUCUGCAUUCCCGACUGCGGAUACGGCCACUGCGUCCGGCCCAACGAAUGCGAGUGCUUUCCCGGGUUCCUGAAACGGCAAAACAGCGUUUCCUGCGAGAUCGAGUGCUACAUGCGCUGUGAGAAUGGCUUCUGUGCGAACAGGACGACUUGUGUAUGCCAGAAUGGAUAUCGCUAUGACCAAAAUACGACGAGCUGUCUGCCGGAUUGCGGGGACAACUGCGAGAAUGGGAUUUGCAUCUCGCCGGGAAACUGCCGCUGCUUCAAGGGCUACGUGCGGAACCGGGAGAAAUGCGAGGCGGUCUGCGUCGGAGGAUGCGGCUUUUAUGGCAAGUGCAUAGCCCCCAAUGUGUGUGGAUGUGCUGUGGUCCCGGGUCCCGAACGAACCUACCAACGGUGCGAGUUCGGGUUGUGCAACUCCAUGGGACGCUGCCGCUGCCAGGUGGGAAUGACGCGCUUCAUCGACCGGUGCAUGUCCCCGGAUACGGUCACCACAUACGCCUCCACGAAUCCCAUCAAGGUGAACGCUUCGCUGAUCCAGGAGUUCAAUCUCCUGCUGGGCAGGCACUUCAACUUGACCACUCUCAGCGACAUGUGGUGGCUGUGAGAUAAGGGCUCCCACUAAAAUACUGCUUUAUUUUCAGAGUCACAAAGAAAUCACUAAUAAAUACUCAUAUAUUUUUUAA